AUGUUGGAAUUAAAUGGGAAAUGUCUAGCAUUUCAUGGGCCAUUACUUUAUGAAGCUAAGAUUUUACGUAUUUGGGAUCCAAAGAAUAAAAAAAUCGAUUAUAAUGAAGAGGAACAAGAUAAAGAACGGAUCAAGCAAGAUAUUGAAAGCAUCCCACAGGAUUUAGUCUCUGAUCCAUGCUAUUUUAUUCAUUAUCAAGGCUGGAAAGCUACCUGGGAUGAAUGGAUUGGAAAUGCACGUAUUAGAGAAUAUAAUGAUACAAAUAUUGCAUUAAGAAAGCAAUUAGUUCAGGAUGCAAAGGAUGCAAAGAGACAACAACAAGAAUUGAAAAAACAGAAACAGAAACAAAGUACGCCUACUGGUGGUAUUAAUAAGAAACGUAGUAAUGGUCAGGAAUCUUCUAUUGGUAAGAAUGGUAGUAAUACAGGAACAGGUCAAAGUCGUAGUCGAAGUGCAAGUGCAGUCAAAUUAUCAGACCAUACAGGUAAAAAUGGUACAAAUAGUGGCAACAAUGAUAAUUCCUCAUUGAAUCCUAUUAACGGUAGUAGUAGUGGAUCUACUAGUGCAAAUAAUGGAACAUAUUCACAACAAUAUUAUAAUAAUUUAAAUCGAAAUCUUCCGAAGAUAACUAUGCAUAUUCCAUUAAAAUUAAAGUCGAUACUAGUUGAUGAUUGGGAAUUUGUUACCAAAAAUAAAAAGUUAUGUAAAUUACCACGUCCUUCAACGAAGACAAAUGAUCAAACGAUCACUGGAAUAUUGAAAAUUUAUCAACAAGAAGUGAUAUCUGGUGGUAUGACUUCAUUAGUGGAACAGUCAUUACUUGAAGAAUAUAUUCUUGGUCUUAAAUUAUAUUUCAAUGAAUGUUUAUCCAAAUUAUUACUUUACAGAUUAGAAAAAUUACAAUACGCUCAAUUAGAAGAAAAAUUACAAUUACAUAAAAAACAAGAAGAAGGUAGUAAUAGUCCGAUUAUAAAUAGUACUCCCUCAAAGGUUGAUCUUUGUAAUGUAUAUGGUUCGAUACAUUUAUUAAGAUUAUUAAGUAUAUUGCCAGAAUUAAUGAGUGAUACUACAAUGGGGACACAAAGCUGUCAAUCUAUAGUGCGUCAAACAGAAUCUGUAUUGUUAUGGUUUGCAGUACAUGCAGAUACAUUAUUCGAUACCUCUGCAUUAGAUCAAGAUGGGGAUACUUACUAUAUCAAUACUUCUAGUCAAUACGAAGGUCUAGCGCUUGGUAUGUAA